AAACACUGUUGUUGCAACGCGACGGUAAACAAUGGAUGACCGGUGUCGGCUGAUCAAACACUGGAAGUGAAUGGAAUAUUAAUAUUUUCAACCAUGGCGACGAAUGUAACUUCGUAUUAUGAUCCUGACGGUAUCCUGAGUAAUCGUAAGUUGAUCACCCUGUCGACUCUGAUCGGUGACCGUUACCCUUUGCUUGGUCAGCGGCUUGGACUGUCCAGGACACAGCUAGACCAGGUCAGAGAGUCUGGAAACCUGCAGCAUCAGGUCUUUAAGAUGCUUGAAAUGUGGAGGGAAACAUACAGGGAGAACGCCACCCUAGGAGCUCUCAAGGACAUCGUCAAAGACUUGGGUUGGAUCUCGGUCUACACGCAGAUCGUAAACACUCCGGACAAUUUCUACGUUGUUUCGUAAGGGCCCGGAGGGUGAGACUUUUUAGUAGCUAGGCCAGCCAACUUGUAGGAUCAUUUAACAGUUGUCAUUGUCAUUGGAAACCUGGGAUCAGUGGAAUUUAGAGAAGCUGACAGACCUGAGGAAUAUCAUCAGGUGAGGGACUUUGGGGAAUAUCAGUCAACACCUGCACGGAUUCAAGAUGUAACAAGACCUUUGUUUUCAUAAAUAAUUAAAGAUGCAAUUCAAUCGUAAACUCGGUGCAGAAAUGUAUAUCUAUUUCAUCGGUGUGCUGGAAAUCUGGGAGAGAACUUAGUUUCAGCCACAGGAGUUUGCACUGAUGGCUAGCUAAGCACCUUCAAGAUCUGAUUAUGUGGAAGUUCACCAUGGACUUAAUUGGUUUGGAUUUUUCCGUCAACACCUGCCUGAACAAGGGAUAAACAAUUAAGACAACCUUUUAUUCAUAAAUGAAUAUACAGUGCAACCCCAUAAGUUUGGUUUGAAGAUUAUAAACUUUGAUCCAACAACAGCAUUAGCUGAUAAGACCUUUUCCAUCAAAAUGAGGAAUAUUUUUCCAUAGAACUGCAUGGGAUCUUUGACCAUCGGGGUGUGCAGCGCUAGUAUUAUGAGCAUACCAAUAAUAUCUAUUCUAUAUCAAACAACUUGGAUAGGAUAUUCAAUAGUCUGGAAGACAACUUCUAGUUAUAUUUCAUUAAAAAUUGUCAACCAAGACAACCAAUGAUGUUUUAUAAAAACUCUACAAAAGAUUAAGUAAAGAUUUACCGAAUAUUGGGUAAUAGCUUAGGGAACAUGGAUGUUUUGGGGUCAGAUUUAUCCCAUAUCAUGAUUAUGUUCUGAGGUAAAUUUCAACAUCAUCAUAUAAAAUUCUUACAAAGUAUUCAUACCAAUUUACACAACAAACAUGGAUGUUCUCUUUCUACCCCAUUAGGUAAACUUAUGAGGGGGUAUAAGGCCUAUAUAUCAUAUGGAUCUUUGACUGCAUACAGUUGGAAUCCUAAUGUUGUGAUCAUGUGAUCAUGUUUUUAAAGAAUAUUAGUCCACCCCAACAAAAAGCUGAUUUAAAUAAAAAUAGAGAAGAGUCCAGUAUACCUUAUGCUGAAAUUUCUUCAAAAUCGGAUAUUCACAUACAUAAUUGCUUAUUAAAAAAAAAACAGUUAUAUUCACUACAACAAUUAUUAAUUAUGCAAAUGAGAGAGGUGAUGAUGUCACUCUCUCGCUGUGAGUGACAUCAUUAAUUUGAGAUGGUCUAAUAUUCUAAUGUAGAGACCGUUCAAUCUUAAUUUUUAAUCCUUUGAGUCUUUAAAAUAGACAGAAAGAAGCGAAGUUAUUUUUGAUUUGGUUAGAAUCACGACCAAAAUAAAUAUAGAAAUGUGAAUAAUAAUUUUGAAUUCAAAUGCAUGUGAAAUGGGCUCAGAACACAAUUUUAUUUCACAGUAUCGGCCUAAGCUUUGGAAUGUUUGCAUAUUCAAUUUAGUAUUAAAAUAAGAAAUUUCAUAAAGAGCAGAAUCUCAUAAUAGUUAAAAAUUACUAUAUUCGCCAUCAACUUUGUAUUUUUUUCCUGAUAUAUGUAUUAUUUAUGCUUGUUAAUGUCACUUUUGUAUGCUAUAUUAUAUAUUUUACCUGUUUAAAUAAUUUUAAAGACGAAAUAUAUAAAAUUAAUAACUGAA